AUGGCUGCCUCUGCGAAGGCUCACUGGAUCAUCGAUCGCAAGCUCCGCAUCACGUUCACAGGGAACAAGCCUUUGAUAGACCUCAUGCACGACUUCAGGAUGCUCAUCUGGCAAAGGACGGUUGUCCACCCUUACGAGCAAGAGCCUCGAUAUCUCACGCACGCCGCAGUGUUAGAACUCUUUGACAAGGCCCUUGCUCGCUCUAACGAGUGGCCAGAUGCAAAGAGCGAAGGGCCCAAGCCUUUCGUGGGACCUCAUACUGUGUCCGUCAACUUGGAUCAGCCGAAGCGCCAUGCUGAGCAAGAUGCUGAGGACUCGGAGUCAACAGUGAAGCGGUCCCGCAGGCAGAGCAAGAAGGAGAACGGGACGGCCACAGGUGACCCCUUCGAGAGCACUUCUAAUCCUCAACUCACCACGGUCAAGGGUAGCAGCAGGGGUAGCCGUGGCCGCGCGGGAGGUGGUAGCAAGACGCGUGGGUCGGAGAAACAACAGUCGUGA